AAAUUAGAUAAAGUUGAUUAAUUGAUGCAAAUAGUCGAUUUAUUACUUUAGUACAAUGACAACUUGAAUCAAAAAAGAUGCGGAUAAGUGUGUUUAUUUUGAGUUUAUUUUUAUUAAGGCCUUCGCAGGCCAGUAACAACGGUAAAUGUGAAAUAACAGACAUAACUGACGAUGAAUGGGAAGUGUUUCUUCAACCAUCAGAAAAAGUUUACGAUGAUGUUAAUAAUAAAGUUAUAUACCAAAGUCCUUAUACGAAUAAACUAACUGAUUUGGAAUGUAUUUGUACAAGCGAUAGUUGUAAAAAGGAAUAUGAUUAUAUUAAAAUCGAAAAUAAUGAAGCGGAAUCAAAAUUCAUUAUUUCCACAUCCGAUCAUAUGACUGAUUUGGACGCCGAUACUGAAAAAACUCAACAAUCUUUCAUAAGGGUGGUAUAUAGUUGUACAAUGAAAUGUAAUACGGAUCAAACAAGUACAUUGCCAAUCUAUAUCGAUAUUUACGACAAAAAUAAUCAUGAACCCGAGUUCGAAGAAGAAAAUUAUAAUUAUAAAGUCGCCUCUCCGAUAAUGCCCGUUACGGAUUUCACUUUGUACGGCGAUUCUAUAAAAGCUGAAGAUUUGGAUUUUUCAAAUACCGAAAUGACCUUCACGAUAGAACCCAACGAUUUUGAUAUAACCACCACGGUCGAUUAUAAUAAUACCAAAAAGUAUAUAGCAAAUAUUAGAGCGAACAAAGCAUUAACAAUUAGCUCAUCUAGAAUCUACACGCUCACAGCUACGGAUGGUGGUACUGACCCUGGUCCCCUCAAUAAAACCGUCAAAAUAACAAUCGACGUUGACGAAACGUUGAGUUUAGAUUUCCCUUACUUUGUAUAUCCAGACGAUAAUCUAGCUGCUUACAAAUUCGACUACGAUUCUAACGAGAACAAAUUGAUACCUCUAACCGGAAAUAUAACAUUACAUACGACCAGAUCGGAAAUCACUGACAUUCAUUUAAUAGGAGAAAUGGAAGAUUCUUUUGAAGUGAAAUUUGAUGCAGCGUCAAAAACUUUCGAAGUCUCUUCACCAGCAACAAUUGAAAAUCCGGUAUCGCCGUCUACGGCGUUGAUUUUGAGUUUAAAAACCGAUACGGAAGCGUCUACACCGAUCAUCAUUCAAUUUUCCAACGUUCCGACAGGUGGGGUUACGUUUAAAGACCACAGCUACACUGGAUCUUACGACGAUGUUAAUAACGUUGUAAAUAUGAAUGAAAAUAUAGAAUUGAUCAUGAAAACAACCAAAAAACCAACGUUUAAUAUCACUGGAGAUUUAUCAGACAACUUUGGGGUAGAUUUUGACGAGGAUACCAAAGUAUGUACGAUAAAAGUUGAAAAUAAAUUAACGCCCGAACAAAUAUCAUCGAAAACGUAUUUAACACUAAUUAUUCAAGCAACUGUAGAUACAGAUACAGACAAAACUGUUAUAGUAAUUCAGUUACCAGUACAUAAGCUCCAAUUUACUAAUAUAUUAUAUACAGCUACUUAUAAUGAUGAUGAUACUGUUGAUGUCGAUAAUGAAAAUCCUAUUGGGUUUACAACGGACGUUACUGACGUGAAAAUAACAGUUGACGAACAAUACUCGCAAUAUUUCGAAAUAACUGAUAAAUUCGCUAUAGAAGUCCGGGCUCCACUACCAGCCGAUAUUUUAUCUUCACAAACCGAAUUAGCAUUAGCCCUAACAGCUGAAGAUGUUUACGGUAACCAACCGCAAGCUGUUGUUAAAAUGAUUCUACCCCUCCAAGACACAAUGGAAGCUCCAAAGUUUUCCAAACCUUACUACACCGUUAAUUACAAAGAAAAUGCGACUGUUAUUGAUUUUACUGAUCCUUUAUCCUUUGAUAAUGUCGAUGAUCCAUCUACAGUCACGAUAACCCUGAGCGAGUAUAAAAAAAAUUUCAAUGUGAUAUUCGAAAAUAAAAAAUGGUUAAUUGAGGUUACGAAACCAUUGGAUUCAAAUACUAUCGAUGAUAAUUCAGAAUUAAUAAUAACUAUGGAAGCUGAGGUGAAGGGUAUUACUGCCAAAGGUGUUGGGGUGUUGGUUGUGUUAUUAGAAAAAAGUGUCGGACCGAAAUUUUCGGAGUUGUCGUAUCUAGCAAAAUAUGAGAAAGAUCAAACUGGUAGUAUAGAUUUCCAGAAACCGCUUACGUUCGAAAAUGUUGAAGAUCCAAGCGAAAUUACCAUUACGUUAGACACUUACGACGAAGAUUUUGAAGUUUUGUACAACGCUACGACUGAAAAAUGGUUUAUUAAAGUUAAGAAAGCUCUGGAUUCCGAUAUAUUCGAUACUGCAUCUGAAUUAGUUAUAAAAAUGACAGCUAGAAGAGAGCAGGAUAACUCUAAAACUGGUGCAGCUGUGCUGGUUAUUGAGCUAGUUGAUCCUGACAAUGAAGAAGAGCCGAAAUUUUCUGAUCUAUCUUACGUAGUUAAAUACAAAAAAGGACAAACUGAAGAUAUCGAUUUUGAUCCAGAACUUUCUUUUACAAAUGUAGAUAAUGAUGAAGUCGAAAUUGAUUUGGACUCUUACGACGAAGAUUUUGAAGUUUUGUACAACGCUACGACUGAAAAAUGGUUUAUUAAAGUUAAAAAAGCUCUGGAUUCUGAUAUAUUCGAUAAAACAUCUGAAUUAGUUAUAAAAAUGACAGCUAGAGAACAGGAUAACUCUAAAACUGGUGCAGCUGUGUUGAUUAUUGAGCUAGUUGAUACUGACAAUGAAGAAGAGCCAAAAUUUUCUGAUCUAUCUUACGUAGUUAAAUACAAAAAAGGCCAAACUGAAGAUAUCGAUUUUGAUCCAGAACUUUCUUUUACAAAUGUAGAUAAUGAUGAAGUCGAAAUUGAUUUGGACUCUUACGACGAAGAUUUUGAAGUUUUGUACAACGCUACGACUGAAAAAUGGUUUAUUAAAGUUAAGAAAGCUCUGGAUUCCGAUAUAUUCGAUACUGCAUCUGAAUUAGUUAUAAAAAUGACAGCUAGAAGAGAGCAGGAUAACUCUAAAACUGGUGCAGCUGUGUUAAUUAUUGAGCUAGUUGAUCCUGACAAUGAAGAAGAGCCGAAAUUUUCUGAUCUAUCUUACGUAGUUAAAUACAAAAAAGGCCAAACUGAAGAUAUCGAUUUUGAUCCAGAACUUUCUUUUACAAAUGUAGAUAAUGAUGAAGUCGAAAUUGAUUUGGACUCUUACGACGAAGAUUUUGAAGUUUUGUACAACGCUACGACUGAAAAAUGGUUUAUAAAAGUUAAGAAAGCUCUGGAUUCCGAUAUAUUCGAUACUGCAUCUGAAUUAGUUAUAAAAAUGACAGCUAGAAGAGAGCAGGAUAACUCUAAAACUGGUGCAGCUGUGUUGAUUAUUGAGCUAGUUGAUACUGACAAUGAAGAAGAGCCAAAAUUUUCUGAUCUAUCUUACGUAGUUAAAUACAAAAAAGGACAAACUGAAGAUAUCGAUUUUGAUCCAGAACUUUCUUUUACAAAUGUAGAUAAUGAUGAAGUCGAAAUUGAUUUGGACUCUUACGACGAAGAUUUUGAAGUUUUGUACAACGCUACGACUGAAAAAUGGUUUAUUAAAGUUAAAAAAGCUCUGGAUUCUGAUAUAUUCGAUAAAACAUCUGAAUUAGUUAUAAAAAUGACAGCUAGAGAACAGGAUAACUCUAAAACUGGUGCAGCUGUGUUGAUUAUUGAGCUAGUUGAUACUGACAAUGAAGAAGAGCCGAAAUUUUCUGAUCUAUCUUACGUAGUUAAAUACAAAAAAGGACAAACUGAAGAUAUCGAUUUUGAUCCAGAACUUUCUUUUACAAAUGUAGAUAAUGAUGAAGUCGAAAUUGAUUUGGACUCUUACGACGAAGAUUUUGAAGUUUUGUACAACGCUACGACUGAAAAAUGGUUUAUUAAAGUUAAAAAAGCUCUGGAUUCUGAUAUAUUCGAUAAAACAUCUGAAUUAGUUAUAAAAAUGACAGCUAGAGAACAGGAUAAGUCUAAAACUGGUGCAGCUGUGUUGAUUAUUGAGCUAGUUGAUACUGACAAUGAAGAAGAGCCGAAAUUUUCUGAUCUAUCUUACGUAGUUAAAUACAAAAAAGGACAAACUGAAGAUAUCGAUUUUGAUCCAGAACUUUCUUUUACAAAUGUAGAUAAUGAUGAAGUCGAAAUUGAUUUGGACUCUUACGACGAAGAUUUUGAAGUUUUGUACAACGCUACGACUGAAAAAUGGUUUAUUAAAGUUAAAAAAGCUCUGGAUUCUGAUAUAUUCGAUAAAACAUCUGAAUUAGUUAUAAAAAUGACAGCUAGAGAACAGGAUAACUCUAAAACUGGUGCAGCUGUGUUGAUUAUUGAGCUAGUUGAUCCUGACAAUGAAGAAGAGCCGAAAUUUUCUGAUCUAUCUUACGUAGUUAAAUACAAAAAAGGCCAAACUGAAGAUAUCGAUUUUGAUCCAGAACUUUCUUUUACAAAUGUAGAUAAUGAUGAAGUCGAAAUUGAUUUGGACUCUUACGACGAAGAUUUUGAAGUUUUGUACAACGCUACGACUGAAAAAUGGUUUAUAAAAGUUAAAAAAGCUCUGGAUUCCGAUAUAUUCGAUACUGCAUCUGAAUUAGUUAUAAAAAUGACAGCUAGAAGAGUGCAGGAUAACUCUAAAACUGGUGCAGCUGUGCUGGUUAUUGAGCUAGUUGAUACUGACAAUGAAGAAGAGCCGAAAUUUUCUGAUCUAUCUUACGUAGUUAAAUACAAAAAAGGACAAACCGAAGAUGUCGAUUUUACAAAUGACGUAACUUUCAAAACUGCCGAAGAUAAUAAAAACAUAAAAAUAGUUUUGGAUUCCUAUUCUGAAAACUUCGAAGUAUAUUACGACCAGACAUCAAAUAAAUGGAAAAUCCGCGUGAAAACUAAAUUAGAAGAUGAAAUAUUCACAUCUAAUAACGAACUUAUCUUUAUUAUGACAGCCACUAAUACCGUUAAUAAAAAAAGUGGACAAACAGUUCUUAUAAUGGAACUAAUCGAUGAAACUAAUGAAAACGGAAUUGAAUUUUCUGAAUCUUAUUACGUGGCUCAAUAUAAACAAAAUCAAACAGGUUACGUAGACUUUGAUAAGCCGAUAUCUUUUAAAGAUGAAGAUAUGACAAAAAUUUCUAUAAAUCUAGACACUUAUUCAGAAUACUUUGAAGUAACUUACACUUCGAACAAAUGGUGUUUGCAUGUUGUAAAGCCUCUAGAUGUUAAAAUUUUUAACGAUAACCAAGAACUCAUAUUGAUAAUGGAGGCCGAGCAAAAAGAAACUCAUAAAACUGGACGAUCUGUUCUCGUUAUCGAAUUAAUAGAUAAUUCGAUAGAAUCCAAAACACCCCAAUUCGAAGAAGCUUAUUAUACAGCAGUAUAUCCAAGUGACGGUAAAGGAACCGUACCUUUCGAUAAAGAUAUUAUUUUUGAUAACGUAGAUGAUGUUAAUAAAGUUUCAAUUUCGAUUCAAGAUUACAAAGACAAUUUCCAAAUUAUCUACGAUAAUACUUCGAAUAAAUGGUUUAUAGACGUAAUUAUAUCGUUGGAUGAUGAUAUUCUUCGUUCCAACACUUAUCUAACCUCCACCUUAGUAGCUAAUAUUGAUGAUGAUGAUGACCACACACCUGUCAGUGCAAUUGUUUUGAAAUUACCUGAACACGAUAGCGAAUCGGCACCCACAUUUUCCAGAUCCUAUUUCAAAGCUCAGUAUGAUAUAGAUGGCGUUGAAGCGAAAGUUACUUUAGAAGAUGAUAUCGAAUUUAGUAACGACGUUGAUAAUAAUAACAUUGAGAUUGUUGCUGACGAUUAUUCAGAGUUUCUAACCUUCGAAUACGAUACAAAAACAAAAUUAUGGCAAGUCAAAGCGCUAAGUAUUUUGGAUACUGCAACGUUGAAUAAAUCAGAACUGGUUGUAGCAAUCACAGCUACUGAUAGUGAUACUAAAUUACAAGGACGUUCCGUUAUUGAUCUCAAAUUACCUAAAGUUAAUACUGAUGAUGCUCCUAGAUUUUCCAAAACGUACUACAAAGCUAAUUAUGACAUGUCUACGGAUACUGCAACCGUUAAUCUUGAAGAUCCAAUCGAUAUACUGAAUAGAAUUGAUAUGUCGACUAUAAAUAUUACUACCGACGAAUACCGCGAUUACUUUCAAAUAACGUACGAAGAAAAAUGGGAGAUCAAUGUCAUAAAAAAUCUAGAUCAGUCCAUACUGAACGAAAAAGUAGACAUUAUCAUGGAAUUAAUUGCUACUGAUAAAGAAGUAACUGGUGAAAUCGGUGAAGCAACUCUUUUGAUAACUCUACCAGCAGUGAACAAUGACGAAGUUCCCAAAUUCUCGAGCAUCUUCUACGAGUCUCAGUGCAAUUCCUCCACAAAAAUAUUAGAGACAUCGCCGAUUGUUAUAACAAAUAAACCGGAUCCAUCGGAUAUAACAGUUGCCAUACAAGAAGACGAGUACAAGUCGAAUUUCGAAAUCGAAUAUAACUCGGAAACUAAUUCUUGGCAAGUUAAAGUCAAAUCUCUACCGGAAAAUGAAAUAGGAAACGAUUUGGUACUUACUUUAACAGCUACGGAAACUAAUAAUAAUAAUAUAGGACAAGCUGCGUUAGUUUUAAAUUUUCCUCCAUUAAACCCGCCCGAAUUCAAUUCUAUUCAAUAUUACGGGGAAUAUAAAAUUGUGGAAAAAUCGCUUACUGUAGACGAAGUUAAAAUCGUCAAUAAACAAGAUCAAAAGAAUAAAAUUCAUUUGGUAUUAACUGAUUCGGAUCGAGAUCUUUCCAGUACAUUCGAAUUUUCCUAUAACGACGAUGAGGAUAGUUGGGAAAUAACAUUAAACGGGACGCUAGACGAUGGAUAUAUUAAUGGCAAGACUCAAUUAGUAUUAACUUUGACUGCUGAAGAAGAUGGAAACGAUUUAACUGGUUCCGCGACGGUCAUUAUCAGUCUACCAACUGAAGAUAAAGACGGAAACGAUCUGACGUUUUCAGAAUUACAUUACGAAGGAAACUAUAUCGUCAACGACGAACCCGAAGUUCAACUGAAUAGAGAUAUUCAUCUUGAUUCCAAACAGGAUUUGACUAAUGUAGUGUUCAUGUUUAACAUAACUGAAAAGUUGAACGCGAAUGAUUAUUUAACCAUCGAAAAGAUGUCUACUUAUGGUGAUUACGUCGUGACGGUAACCAAGUCCUUACCUGCGGAUAUUUUACAAAACCAGAGAAGCCUGGCGGUUACUUUACAUGCUACUCUUGGUAAAAACGAGGCAUCUACGACUCUGGUUAUAAAUCUACCCAUACCUGGUGAAGAGGACACAAUUGAUUUCUCCAAACUUUUAUAUAAUGGCGAUUAUUCCGAAAUAGACGGAUUAGCUGUUGAAGAAAUUAGUAUUAUAACUAACGAAAAUAGUAAAAAUAUACAAGUUGAUAUUUCUAAAGAUUCUCCAUAUUACGUUUACUUCAAAGUCACUCAAUCUAAUAAAAUUGUAAAAUUAACAGCUGAUAAUAUACCGAGCGAUAUAAUAAAAGAAAUUUCCGUUAUAUCUUUAACUUUAACAGCACAAUCGUCGGGUACAUCUAAAACUGGAGAAGCUGUUGUAAAUAUUAACAUACGCAGUUAUCAGGGUUCUGCUCAGUUUGAUUCGCCCCUUUUUAACGGAAAAUAUGAGGUAAAAGAAAACAUUGUUACAUUGACUGUCGAACCGAUUACCUUGACCACAGAUAUAGAAGACGAUCUCAUUUCUAUUGCAGUUGAUAACGCUAUGGUUGAUUAUUUCGAUGUCUCCUAUACUAGUUCUGAAGUAUCUCUGCAAUUAAAAAAAGAAUUUCCUGAAGAAUUUUUGAGUAAUUCCACUAUACCCGUGCUACUUACAGGGUCUAUCAAAAAAACUGAUGUCAAAACUCAGACUGUAGUUAAUUUAAGAAUUAUAACUGAUACACAACCUGAUAAUAACAAUAUAUUACGAUUCGACGACGUUUUAUUCACGGCGCAAUAUUCGUUGGAAAACGGUGAAGGUAAAUUUGAACAAGAUGGAGACAUCGGUUUAACUACAAAUCUACAAGCCGACGAAAUCGACGUUGAAAUAAGUGAAGAUUCUAUUUUUGGAGAAAACUUCGGUAUUUCCUACGCAAAUCAAAAAGUUAUUGUACAUCUUGAAAAAGAUAUAUCUACCGAUGAUUUUUAUACCAACAAUAUAAUUUCCCUCACAAUGAUAGCUACAACUUUAAAUAACACCAUAAGUACUUCGUCGGUUCUGAAUAUUCGUCUAAACAAUAACGGAGCUAGUGAUAAUGGGUAUAUAUCUUUCGAUAAACCUGUAUACAAUGGUAACUAUAUAGUCGAAAAUGAUUUGGCAACUAUUAACUAUGAUGAUAUAACAGUCGAUACUGAUGAAGAAGACGAUAAUGUUAUUGCUUCGAUUGAAGAACCUUAUGAUGCUUAUUUCAAGGUGACUUAUGCCGACAAAACGAUAAAACCUGUACUUAAAAUAAAUCAAGCAAGUUCUGUACUUAGAGACUCCACCAAUAUCGCUGUUGUUUUUUGUGUUAAAAUCAAAGAUACUAAUUUAGUAGCUAAGACAGUAACUAAUUUCCAAGUUAUAGAUAAAGACGAUGGAGAAGCAAAUGACGGUUCAAUAUAUUUCCCAAAACCGGUGUACAAUGGGGUCUAUAAUGCGAAUAGCGACACAUUUACAGAAGAUGAUAUCAUAAUAAUAACUCAACAUCCUGAUACAGAUAUGGAAGUGAAAAUGUCGAACGAAUACCAAUACGAAAAAUAUUUCUCGGUUGAGUUAAAAAAUAACCAAGUAAAUAUUAGUUUGAAGGAAAAAUUACCGAAAGACGUGGUGGAUCAGUUGGGUUAUAUAGCUUUGACUAUAAAAGUUACGUUAAAAAGCAAUCAAAAGAUAUUCGCCGAAACCGUUUUGAAUGUAGAAGUCCGAGGAAAAUCACGCGACAGCGUUGGAUCGAAUGAUCAGAAAUAUAUAAUCGCCGUAUCUGUAUUAUCGGUGGUGCUAUUUUUAGUGAUAAUUGGAGUGAUUGCAGCAUAUUUUUUCAUAUUUAGGAAAUCCAAAUACGAAAAAAUGAGUGAAGAUGAAUAUAUAAGCAGCAAAGUUAAAUUUGACAAAAGUACGUUGAAGAGAGGAUCUACUGAUAGAUCUAGGUCUUCGGCACUAGAAGAAAGACGUCCCACGGGAUACGUUUUUGAGGGUAAUGAACCCAGAGAAUCCACCACUGAGGGUCCGGAUAUGGAAAGAAAAAAAUCCGUCGCUUUCGACGAACGAGUCGAAAAAAUGCAAAUAGGCGAAGUAAACGAUGACGAUAUUGACAAAAUUCCUAAACAAAUAACAGAACUGUGAAUAUUAUGAAAACUUAACGAUGUUUUUUAUCAAAUUUUUAUAUAUUUAUUCUAGUUUUUUAAGAGACAAAGUGUAAUAUAGAACGUUUAAAUAAAA